AACGGCGGGAGAAGCGGCCCGCGCCGGUUCUGCCGGGCGGUGGGGGGGGGAGGCUUACGUCACGCGGCCUACUUCCGGCACGGAGCCUUGCGGGUGGCUGGCGCACCGGAAGCGCCGCUCUGAGACCCCGAGCGGCGGCCUGGCGGGGAGCAGGCCACCCCCGCCCGGCAGGGCCGCCUCCUCCCGGGCGCCAUGGCGGGGCAGACGCAGCAGGAACCGGUGACCUUCGAGGACGUUGCUGUCUAUCUGAGCCAUGCAGAGUGGGACGCCAUUGCGGCGGGGCAGAGGGAGCUGUACCGCACCGUCAUGCUGGACAACUACAAGCUCUUGACAUCCCUGGGCUACCCAGGCCCCAAACCCGACGUUUUAUACCGGAUAGAGCAUGGGGAAGAGCCGUGGGUCUGCACACCGCAGAGCCCAGUGAGGUGGGAUGGACACGACAGCCCCUCUCCAGGACAUGAUGGGGACGUGAGCUGGCCGGAGGAGCCUCCCUCAGGCUGGUGGCCUGGUAGUGGUGGGCGCCAUGCGCUGGAGGAGAGGAUGCAGACCCCCUGCUGUGGAGGACGGUGCGUGCAGUGGCGUCUCCGGUCUAGAAGACUGCUGAACAAGUUCAAAUGUCUCGGGGAUAGGAGCGAGCUGCCAGCAGAGGCGGCCAGCAGAGCAGUGGAGGCAGUGGAAAGUGGAGACCAGGCACAGACGGUUUUCUGGCCUGGGAAAGAGGGAGAAGUAGAGGAUAAACAAGGAGUCAAGGAAAAUGUGACACAAAGCAGAGGAUCCCCACUUCGUCCAGUGAUGGAACAGCAAAACAAAAAGGCAGAUCCUCAGAAGCGCCUGCGUCGUAGCCAUAGGAAGAGGUUUCAAAGAAAUGCCCAGAAGAGUCGAUGCGCUUUGAGAGAAGUGACAUUUCUCCGGAGAAAUAGGAAACUGUCUGUCGAGGAUUUGAAUGAGACUAUUUUGAAAGACCACUGUUACUGUGUGGUGAGUGAGACACAGCUCUUGUGUUGUACCCCACAUCCAUCUCCUCUGAGAGAACACGACUACUGCAGGAACCGCCAGGCUGGUGUCUUGGCACUUAAGGACCACGAAUACUGUCACAUGCAAAGGAUUUGUUAUCGGGGCAGAGUUAAUAAAAUUGUUCAUCUUACUGGUAAGGCUCGGGCCAUGCUUCACAGGCUGGCAAAGCGAAAAUCCCGCAUUGGGCGAAUCAUCAGGAAAGCCAAGCGAAUUAUGUGGCCUUCCAAGCCUUGUGCCAACAAGAGGUUAGAGUUUCCCCAGGGUUCUUCUAGCACCGGCUGUCUUUCUGAACCCGCUGUCCCUCCUGCUAAGGCAGAAGACGACCCCACGAAGGGAAUGUGUGGGGCGUUUUGUCCUCCUGCGAAACAGGAGACUGUGCCGUCGCAAGGGGGCACGUCAGAACCACUUCAUGCCCCUGUGGUGUCUUUUGAACCCAUGGCUGCACCCCCACCCUCAAAUGCUGCUGCGGAGGUGAAGAGGGAAGCGACGCACCCCAAGGUGUACGUACACUGCGAGACACAGAGGACACAGCUGAUCUGGAGCCCUGACACUAAGCAAAAUGUUGGAGGACAUGAACUUGUUAAUUCAAAUUACAUAUCGCUGCAUGACGCAUAUAAAAUGGUGAUGCGGACUGUCAACCACAUGUUGGACUCCGUAUGCCAUAACUUUGAGCUCGGUGGCUACUCUCAGUGUAAGGAUAUCUGGCCCAUCGUCAUUCAGAUAGACAGCUGAUCAUCAGCAGGAGGUCAGCAGCGACUUGUGGGUGUUAGAGGUGAACAGUCGGGACCUUCUUCCCUCCAGCAAAACCCACUGAAGUGAUUUAAGAGAAGAAACGCUGUGAAAGGUGUACGGAGGUGGAUUAGUGGGUAUAAAACUCAGUAUGGGGCACCUGCUGGGGAAACUGGGAUUCUCUGGGAGGCUUCAGGGAAAAGGCUAAGGGAAAGGGGAAGGAUCAGUGUGGAUAAAAGGAGGAAGCAUGGGAAAACGGGGCAAAAGGGGAAGGAUGGGCAGCUGCGUGUGAGCAGGCAGCUGGUCAGUAGGUUUUCUGGCCGGGCAGUGCCUGGUCACUGCGGUCUUCCCCAUCUUCUCAUUAAACUAUAUUAAAUUAC